AUGUUGAUUUUCCGGGCAAAACACCUCCCCUAUGUCGAGGACAAGCAGCUCCUGAGGAAGAAGAACAAUUAUGGAAACACCGCUUUGCACGAGGCCGUGCUUGCAUGUAACAAUUAUGGAAUCACCGCUUUGCCCGAGGCCGUGCUUACAUGUGAAGUUGACCUGGUGAGCCAUUUGUUGGGGGAAGAUUUGGAGCCUGUGUACUGGAAGAACAAGGAUCAGAAAUCUCCCUUGUACCUGGCCAUCGACGUUGGCAACUCCCAGGUACUUGAGCUUUUAUUAUCGAAAUCGCUCGACCCAUCGAAGAUACAAGGCUUGCCGCCCGCUCUUGGUGCCGUUGCACGUAAACAAUAUGAUUUACUCGGCCAAAUACUCAGAAAGGACACGAAGCUUUUCACAAUGAGAGACUCCAGUGAUGGUAAUGUAUUCCAUUUAGCAGCUUUCUGGAAUGUGCCCAAAGUAUUCAAAUUCUUACAACCAGAAACCGAAUAUUUGGCUCAAGAACAGGACAACAAUGGGGAUCUUCCCAUUCAUAUAGCAAGCAAGGAGGGUCAUGUUGAACUAAUCGAUAAGCUACAUCCGGUGUCAAAGUGGGUAAAUGGGAAAGGACAAACCAUUCUUCAUGUGGCAGCAAAAUACGGAAAAGAAGAAGUAGUGAGAUAUAUACUCAAAGAUCCGGAUCUGAGGUUGAUGAUAAAUGAAAGAGACGAUGAUGGAAAUACAGCUUCACACUUGGCAGUGAAGUAUUUACAUCUCACCGCUUUGAUUCAUCUCGUGCUGGAUAAAGAUAUGGAUCCCUACCUUCUCAACCAUGAAGGCUUGGCUGCUGUCGACAUUGCUCGACUUUCCUCACAAGCGGGAUUACGGAGGGGCUUGGCACGCUUUCUGUUAUUAAGCGUGUCGUAUGAUAGAACAGAUCGAUUCAUAAGUAAGCCGGAAGCUCGAGACAAAGGGCACGCUCACGGAAUUUUGCCAACUAAAGAAGCGGAUGACGUAAUCAAUACCAUGUUGGUGGUGGCAACGCUUGUGGCCGGUGUGAGUUUCGCAGCUGGUUUCGCAGUUCCGGGAGGAUUGAAUGGCUCAGACCUGGCAUCCAAAGAUGACCGGGGCAUGGCUACGUUGCUGGACAAUAGAAAGUUCCAGGCCUUCGUGAUUUGCAACACCGUGGCGAUGUUAUGCUCAAUGGCCUCGGUCAUUGGCUUCAUGUUUACGUACCUGACUGACAUCCACAUAUCGAUAUUUGGAUGCCACCUUGCAGGACUGCUACUAGCAAUUUCACUCCCGCCAACGUCCGCCGCUUUCUUAAUUGGCGUCAUCUUGACCAUUGAAAAACUCCCUUGGCUUGCCGUCGUGAUGGUAAUUUUGGGAUCCAUUUUCGUCGUCGUUAUCACAUUUGCUUUAUUAUCACCGUUCGUUGCUAUAUUUUUAAGCUGGCUUCCCCGCUUUCGGAAGAAGCACCUUGGUCCCGUCCGUCCUCUGAUAUCGAGGCUUUUCGGCGUUUACAUUAUAUUAUUUCGAAUUGAGAAGAUGUUCAUUUCGGAUGACUCAAAAGUACACAGAACGGCGAGCAAGACUUCAACUAGUCCGCCUGAUGGUGACGCUGAAGAUUGA